AUGGAUAAGUGCGAGUUACUCUUUGCCAAUAAAGAGGACAGCCACAUCAGUACUGCCCACCAGUAUUCAAUCAACCAUAUAGGAGUGAUAAGAUAUAUAGAGGUGGACCUUGAGAGAAGGCUGUGGUCUGCUGUAAGGCAGGGCGAUGCAGAAGCUGCCAGGAAGUGCCUCGAUUCGGGAGCAGAUGUUGCAAUUAAAGACGAAUCUGGAGACACUCCUCUCCACCACGUCUCAAAGCAUGGCAGCUUGCCGAUGGCCAAAGUCCUCUUGGAUGCCGGGCUAACCCAGACGCUGCCAAUGACAACUCCUUUUCGAAGCAAGGGUCUCACACCUGUCCAGACUGCCUCAACUUACAAUCACAGACCAAAGACGGUUCUACGUCUGCAUCUGGAAAAAAAUCUUUGUAAGAAGGUCAACCUCAAUGAAACAUUCUUAUCAAAUGAUACUGAGGAGUUUUCAACCAAAAUGAAGGUGGACCAUCCGAGAAGGCCGUGGUCUGCUGUAAGGCAGGGCGAUGCCGAGGCUGCCAGGAAGUGCCUCGAUUCGGGAGCAGAUGUUGCAAUUAAAGACGAAUCUGGAGACACUCCUCUCCACCACGUCUCAAUGCAUGGAAGCUUGCCGAUGGCCAAAGUCCUCUUGGAUGCCGGGGCUAACCCAGACGCUGCCAAUGAUAGUCUGCAAACGCCACUCCAGUAUGCAUCAGAAAGUGGCAAAGUGAAAAUAACUAAACUCCUUUUUGAAAGCAAGGGUCUCACACCUUUCCAGACUGCCUCAACUUACAAGCAGAGACCAAAGACGGUGAGCAAGAAUUUAAUCACGAACGAUCAAACGAUCAAGAGUACCCAAAUACCAGGUGCAUUGGAUUCUGUUUCUGAAGCUCUUUCAGUAUGUGUAUUGAAAGUAGUUGAACUGUUAGAAUUAAUUAUCGGGUUUGGUACAACCAGUGACUUGCCCACACAUCAUUUGUCUGCUGCCCGGGGCAGCCCUGAAGGGGUUGAUUUACCCUUUGAAAAGAGUAUAGACCCUGACGCCGAAAACCGAGCACGCGACACGCCGCUCUAUCUUAGCGGGGAAGGGAAAUCGUUUCUCUGGAACACACGGCUUCACAUCGUGUGUUUAGUUGGACAUACUGAAGCAGUGGAUAUUUUAUUGGAAAACGAUGCCAACCCUAACAGUUCCACUGAAUCUGGCCAUACACCUUUACAUUAUGCUUCUCUCGGAGGAUUUACAAAAAUAGUUCAAAGGCUCAUCGACGUGGGAGCAGACGUCAAUGCAGUUGACAGACGUGGUUGUACAGCACUGCACUACGCUGCUCAGUGGGACACAUUUCAGCUGUGGAAGAACUUGUAA